CACCACCACCACGACCACCACCACCACCACCACCACGGCGAGGGAGUCGCCGAGGAUGUGCGAGCGUGAGCGCGAGUCGCGAGACGUCGACGGUGUGUGAAAAGCCUGCGGGGGAUCCUCCUGCGGACGAUAAGGUCGCCGCGAGUUUGUGCUCCCGAGUUUGUGCGACGACCGCCCCAGCCAACCAUGAAGAAGCAGUUUUUCCGGGUGAAGCAGCUCGCCGAUCAGACCUUUUCCAGAGCUGGUAAAACGGAGGUGUUAACGGAUGAUCUGGUGGCUGCCGACAAGCAUGUCGAACAGAUUAGAGCAGCUCUCACCGGUCUCAGCAAGAGACUGGGAAAUCCACCUAACCAAACCGUCACCCAAGAUCCAGCUCUCAAGGAGAAACGUUUGAAAAAAUGCCCCGAAUAUGUACUCGGGCAAACCAUGUUGGAGAAUGCUGGCGAGGACGGUCUCAUGAGCUUCGCGCUGGUAGAAUGCGGACGAGUGCAGAUGUCACUGGCUAACGAAGCCGUGGAACACGAGGCUAAAGUCGAACAAUAUGUCGCCGCUCCGCUGCAGCAUAUUCUAGACACUGACGUACCAAAUAUAAUGAAGCAUAAGAGAAAUCUGCAUAAACUUAUUUUGGACAUGGACAGUGCCAGAACGAGAUACUUUCAAGCGAUUAAACACAGUAAUACUGGUACAGGCGCAACGAAAAUAGAAAGCUUGAGGGAAGAAUUAGAAGAUGCCGAAACGAAAGUCGAGCAAUGCCGAGAUCAAUUGGCCGCAGAGAUGUUCCAGCUUAUGUCACGAGAGACUGAACUAGCCCAGACGAUUAUUCAGUAUAUAAAACUUCAGCGAGCGUAUCAUGAGAGUGCAUUGCACUGUCUUGAGGAUCUUAUACCUGGAUUGGAAAGUUAUAUCAACGAUAACGAAAUGAAGCCAGUCUACGGAUAUCCUCUCGAGGAGCACCUUAGGGUAACAAACAGAAAAAUCGCACUGCCCAUACAACUGUGUGUAUCCGCGCUGCUGCGUCUGGGUAUCGAGGAGGAGGGUCUUUUCAGAAUAGCUGGGGCCGCCUCGAAGUCACGACGAAUCAAGCUGAGCCUGGACGCCUGCUGUCUCACUUUAACGACGGCUCUUGAAUACAAAGAUCCGCAUGUUAUUGCCGGCGCAUUGAAAUCAUACUUACGGGAAUUGCCGGAGCCUCUGUUGACGUACAAAUUGUAUCCCGAAUGGAUGGCUGCUGCAAAAGUCUCGCACGUCGGUAUGAGAUUACGAGCUCUCUGGGAAGUAUUACAUAAGUUACCACCGGCGAAUCUGGAAAACUUGCGGUUUUUAAUUAAGUUUCUAGCUGUGCUCACGAAGAAUCAGGAUGUAAAUAAAAUGACGCCGCAGAACAUCGCUAUCGUCAUCGCGCCAAAUCUGAUUUGGAGUCCGCAGGAGGACUCGAAUACAAUAGUGAUGAACAUGAGUACAGCGAACAACUCUAGUCUUAUAGUAGACCAAUUAGUUACGUACGCGGAUUGGUUCUUCCCUGGCGAAGUGGAUUUCGAUCGCGAUCUAGAGAUCGGCAUCGUGAACGAUACGGAGCACCACGCCGUCGGUAUGCGCCGUUGCGUGUCCAACAGCAGCCUCAGCGAUCACGGCGAGAGCCCGACGCAGGGCAGCCCGAAACCAGCGGCACGUCGGAAGAAUAAACCUGCGCCGACGCCGCCGAGCGGCACCACCCCGGAUCGGCACGACAAACCGCCACCGACGCCGGACAAGCCACCGAGAGUCUUGACGUCUACCCUGAAUCGAUCUACGUAUAAGAGUCAGAAGCACGAGGUGAAUACCGAGUUGAUACGACACGACAGCAACGUGGAUAAAUACGUCGAGAAACACGCGGAGAAGCAUUCGGAGACGGACGCGAAAGCGCAGCCGGUCGCGGAAUUGAUCCCGGCGGAUGUUCAGCCUGCCGAUAAUCCCGAACAGUCGCAGGAAACAGUCGUCGUUCACCAAAGUGAAGUCUUCAAUUACAAUGAAGCGGACAAAAGUGUCCAAGAGUCGCAGAAGUGCGAUGCGAAAGUAAAUUUACCGAGUGCGAAGGAGAAACCAAAUGGAAACUCGUCCGAUAGUACGAGUGUCGCUAAAAUAAUCACGGAGAUGGAGCAUAACGAGACUAUAGCGCAGAGACCGAAACCAGUGCCUAUCGAGAAGCCAUCCACGUUGGAAAGGAGAAGACCGGUCGCAGCACCGAGAAGUAUAACGAAUAUUGUGCACAACACAGCAGAAGAGGUGGUCGAGUUGCGUAAAAAGCCGGAGAGUAAUGCGCAUGCGAUACCGAAUGACAGAAGCAGUAAACCGGCGAUACCUGAGCGACCGCCCGGCUUGGUUCGUCCGUCGAGUCUCAUCAGGCAACAGCCACGCUCCACUAAUAACGAGAAUCAAGAGAACGAUCCGGGGCCUUUAACACUGGAACGGGCUCACGUGUAUUCCGUUGACAAACAGCAGGUCAGUAUAAUACAAGUGCGUGGGGGGAACAACGUCGUCCCGGGCGAGUGCACUGGCAACACGGCAACUUCGAACUUGCAGAGAAGCCCGAGCGUGGGCAGCAGGCCGUCGUCGAUGUCGUUGUACGGCGCCGAGCGCUCGGACAAGCCCGAGCGGCCGGACGUGCCGCACGAGCAAGCGAAGGCGCACGCGCGCACCAGGUCGGAAGGCAAUAUCAUAGACGUCCAAACGCAGACCAACACGGUGGUGACGGUGCUCAAGUCGCCGCAGCAGAAGCCGGCCUCGCCGAGGGUGCACCAGCGGCCGCCGAGGCCGCAGCCGCCGCCGCCGCCGCCGCCCACCGUACGGCCUAAGUCGGAUCAUGAGAGCACCAAUCUCUAGCGAAGCGCGACACGAGGCAAGCGGCACUCGCGAUCUUGAAUUGGGAUUCACCGAUUUAUCUCCGCAUUCGAGGACUCCGUAUUUCGGACACUCUGCAGUUCGACACAUGACAAUAUGUCGCCAAUGAAGUCUUAGGUGGAUAAGGAUUGUAUUUAAAAAAAAAAAA